UCUCUCUCUCUCUCUCUCUCUCUCUCCCUCCCUCGCCACCUGCCCCAUUAUUUCCUGCGGUGCCGCCGCCCGCCCGCCCCGUCACGUUCGCUGCAGUCUGCGGAUGUGCCGUUGCCGGACUGGUGGGAAGUGGCAGCGUUCGUGUCCGUCUCUCCGCCUGCUCCACCAUUUCGUACGUUCGCUUCGUGCUGAGGCGCGUCCGUCAGCCCGCCCUUCCUCGUCACACAGAGACUGAGUCGUGUGUCCUCGCGCCCCCGCGGCCCGCCUCACUCCCGCACCCGCUCGCUCUCCCUCAGCGCGCGUGCUGACUCUCUCAAUCUCUCUCUCUCUCUCUCUCUCUCUCUCUCUCUCUCUGCGUGACUCGGCAGCUCCGUUGGAACAACAAUGGCGACCGCUGCGGUGUCCUCUCCUCCCGGCGACGCCUGCAACCCCGGCUCCGGGGCCGAAAUGGUGCGCGGACAGGCCUUCGACGUGGGUCCGCGCUACAGCAACCUCUCCUACAUCGGCGAGGGCGCCUACGGCAUGGUGUGCUCUGCUUAUGAUCGGGAAAACAAGGUCCGUGUGGCCAUCAAGAAGAUCAGCCCCUUUGAGCACCAGACCUACUGCCAGCGCACCCUGAGAGAGAUUAAGAUCCUGCUGCGCUUCAAACACGAGAACAUCAUUGGCAUCAAUGACAUCAUCCGCCCCCCCUCUAUUGACCAGAUGAAAGAUGUCUACAUCGUCCAGGACCUCAUGGAGACUGACCUCUACAAACUCCUGAAGACGCAACACCUGAGCAACGACCACAUCUGCUACUUCCUCUACCAGAUACUGAGAGGCCUCAAAUACAUCCACUCAGCCAAUGUGCUGCACCGUGAUCUCAAGCCCUCCAACUUGCUGCUCAACACUACCUGUGAUCUCAAGAUCUGUGAUUUUGGCCUGGCCCGUGUGGCGGAUCCUGACCACGACCACACCGGCUUCCUCACAGAGUACGUUGCCACACGCUGGUACCGUGCACCCGAGAUCAUGCUUAACUCCAAGGGCUACACCAAAUCCAUUGAUAUUUGGUCUGUGGGCUGCAUCCUGGCUGAGAUGCUGUCCAACCGGCCUAUUUUUCCUGGGAAGCACUACCUGGACCAGCUGAAUCACAUUUUGGGCAUUCUGGGCUCUCCCUCUCAGGAGGACCUCAACUGCAUAUUCAACCUAAAAGCACGGAACUACCUGCUCUCCCUGCCGCUGCGGUGUAAGGUGCCCUGGAACCGGCUCUUCCCCAACGCCGAUCCCAAAGCUCUGGAUUUGCUGGACAAAAUGUUGACCUUUAACCCCCAUAAGCGGAUUGAAGUGGAGGAGGCCCUAGCCCAUCCCUAUCUGGAGCAGUAUUACGACCCCACGGAUGAGCCUGUAGCUGAGGCUCCUUUCAAGUUCGACAUGGAGUUGGAUGACCUGCCCAAAGAGACUCUAAAAGAGCUCAUCUUCAAGGAGACAGCGCGGUUCCAGCCUGGAUUCAGGACCUAAUCAGCAGAUCUGCCCAGGACUGACUCCACGCCAGCGCUGCGCUGCUCUUCUCCUUCGGAUACGCUUUGGUUCACGUCUCGGCUGUCCAUCGCUGCCCUCCUGUCUGUCCGCCUGCUUGGGAACUCAGUCUUUCCCUGUUCAUCCCCCCCAUGCAUGCUCCCCUUUUGUAAGCAACUCGGGGAGCCACAGCGCAGGUCAUUUUCUUUGCGAUGGCUGAGCUGCAGAUACUGGCUCUGUGGGAGUGAGGACACCGGUAUUAAUCUUCACACAAAAUGAAUCAGAAGUUAACUGAACAACCAGGUGCUUUUUUUUUGUAUUGUUACCCAAGAGGAACAUGGGUGUACAAGUGGUUUUAAAAAAAAGAAGAAAAAAAAAAAAUAAAUGAAGCACACUCAUGAUGCCACACGUCAAACAGGAAUGAUGUCAGUUAUGAGGGGCAAAAGAGUUCUGAACUCAGAUACCUGUUGUUAGUUAAUUCAGAACAAAAGUCAACACCAUCAUGACCAGAGAUCUUGUUUCAGGCUCCAACACUUGGGACACUCUGCACCUCUUCCCCACAGUGACAUUCCAAAGCCCACUUCCUUUCUCCAGCAAAAGCACAUUGGGGCCAGUUUAGUGUUGGGAUGUCACUUUUGAAGCAGUGCUAUGUGAGGACAACGGCCCAAGGGAAGUGUGCACUUACGGCUGGUCGCUGCAAAGUGCCCCCCACCCCCUCUUCCUUUACCCAGCACUACUGCAGGCGUCCCAAGGGACGGAUUAACCUGCCCUCCCCAACAUUGCUUUUGACCCGAUGCAGUCAGAUCAGUCUGAUUUGGGGCUGGAGGGAGGCCAGCGUCCUCCACGGCUCUGCAGUUCUCUCAGCAUUCGCACUCAUCCACGUUAUUGAAUUUUAUUUCUCAAAGCUCACUUCCCAUUAAGAUGGGAGAGUCCAAACUUUUAUCUUAAUAUAUAUAUGUGUGUGUGUGGGUUUUUUUUUUUUUUUUUUCCUCCUCCUCCUCCCCCCCCAUACUUGAAAAAGCCCCAGCGUUUGUUGUGUAACGACAAAAUUGAGUUGACUUUUAAAAAUCCAGGGUUUCACUCACGGUGCCAACUUGCUUCUCGCUCUGUGCCACUACCUGCCUGCUGUUCUCUCCUCUGGUUUGCGUAGUCAUGGCUCACCGGCCUUCUUUCCUACAGGGAGUGACGCUUUGCUCCACUUUGUAUUUGCUCCUGUCGCUUUCGGGAGAGGAAGCUGAGGCACCUUCCUCUGCCCGUUUCUGCAUUUCUUUGAAAGCCUCCACCGUUUCCCUAAACGUCUCCCGCUGCCUUGAGCACUUGUACUUGUGGAUGUAAUAGUGCAGUUGGUUUGCCCGUCUCUCUCUCUCGCGCUCUUUCUCACUCAUUGCCUCCUCUUUCUUUCUUGGCCCCCUCUGCUGUCCUUGAGGGCAGGACCCCCUCCCCUCAUGUGCUGAGUCAGUUUGUCCUGCCUUGUGACAAUAAGCUCCCCUUGCAUGACUGUUAAAAGCUUUCUAUACAAAGACUAUGUAAGUGCCACACUACUGGGAGCUCCGCUCUGGAAUCCCAGGGUCUUGUUCCUCUACCUUUGCGCUCCACGUUUCCCGAAAUUAGGGUGCUUUCAUUUAGGUCAGCUUCUUUUCCAGCGCAGAACCCCUGCACCCCACCAUUCACAUCCUUUCAGUUUCUUUCACAAGAUGAAAUUGGUUGUCAUCGCUCAUCGCCACACACCUUUUUGUUUGUUUUAAAUAUUCAAUGACAAGAUUGUAUUGGACAUGAGAUGUGGUUCAAGAGAAACUAAUCUGAUGGUUUGGGGAGGAAGAAAAAGGCAAAGAAUCUCAAGUCUAGGAAACUUGCCUGCUUAUGAACCUGGCAACUGAACCUCAAUGCAGUUUUGAGUUUGUAAAGAUGAGUCGUCUUUUAAUUCAUAGCCAGUUUCCUUCUGCAGAAACCAAGGGUUGUGUGACUACAUGUCUUGAAGAAUUACUUCAACGUAGACACAAGAAGGAAAAAAAAAUGCCUUUUGUCAGUUGACAAGAACAUUUAUGCUAAGGAUUUUAUAAAUUUUUAUAAAAAGUUUAUUAUGGAUUGUUCUCCUUUUGACAGGGUGGGUCGGUGUUUCAGUGUUAAAGGCUUUCAGUUAAAUUGAAAUGGAAAACACGGUUAUUUAGCGAAAAAAUCCAGGGAUUUGAGUUACACAUUUUUCUGAGGAUGUGGGGAGGGGGGGGGCUUGAUAAUUUCAGGACACUAUCCUGUUGCUAGAAAACCUCCGAUUGCUCUCCAUUUCUUAUUUCUGUCCUUGAGCAGCAGCUCCACUUGACGCGGCUCAGCGCCAUGGCGAAUUCCACAUUCUCUCCGUCAGUGUGGUAAACUGCGCCUGGGUGGGGGUGGUUGCUUCUCCACAAACGUACUGCAAAUCCCGUUGUAAGAUAGCUUCUGCCGAAUCCAUGUGCAUCCUGUCCCGUUUUGUGCCUUUAUUAGUCUUGUAUGACAAGAUUUAUUGCGUGCUUUGUCGGGGAUCAGUCGUGAUUGCAGUUUAUUCUUAAGAGGAAUCUAUUCCCACGGUUAUGUAAUUAAAGAGAAGUUAUAUUGCCACAGCUUUGUGAUUGUUACUCUAUAUUGAAAAGGUAAGACAUGGAGCUCCCCAUCCCCCUUGCCUUAUGUUUUUGGACGCUUUGUUGUAAACCCUUUUUUAUUGUAAAAUGAAUGUUAUGUUUCUAGUGAAUAUUAAUCUUGUUAAAUAAUUGUUUCCUUGUAUUAAACUACUCCUAUACA